UGUCCUACAAAACAUACAUUUCACUCGCAGAACCAAGUGAGACACAAAGCAAGAACGUUAAAAAGGGCCAAGAGACGCAAAGAAAGCAACGAUGGUGGAAAAAAGUAUCACAUCAGAGAGAACCUAUCCUCGAUCAGAUGACUCGGACGAUUCAGAUGAUGAGAUUAUCGAGAAGACGCGAGAGCAGAUCCACUCCACAACACAAGGAGAACAAGAAAAAGUAAUUAAUUUGGACCCCAAAAAUUACAUGAGUGAUUUUCAGAGUUGUUCGGAAAACUCAAGUGUUUCAAAUGGCACCACAGCUUUUGGGGGCUUCACGCAUCUUCAAGAUGAAAGCGAUGUCAGAAAAAAUGAAAAUUUCUUAGUUAACGGUGACUGUGGCGGUGAACGUGACACUGGCGAAGAAGAAGUGUUCGAAAAAGUACGAAGGGGUCGCUUGGAUUUUCCAGUCAGGUCAGAAAUAGACUCGGCACCGAUAGAGCGUGAAAAUUGUGACCUCCGCACCUCUGAUAAGAAUCCUCCACAACAUGUAGGCAAGGAAAGCACAGCAAGUAAUCAAGGUCGAAUCCUCGCUGAAGACAGAAAGGAUAAGAUGAAUCAGAAUCCCUCAAAGGAAAGUAAAAGGAAUAAAUCAUCGUGUAGUCUCAACUGAGUAACUAAACCUGACCAGGUCAACCCGUUAAUGUGAGCAACGUGAACGAACCGGACAACAUUGAAGGCGUGAUGUGAUAAACGCGAAGAAUAAGCGCGACAAGCGUUUAACUGAUGAAGAGCGAUUUAUCAGGGUGUUAGGGGUACAGUAAUAAAACAUUGAAUUCUUAAAGACAGAAGUACAGCUGGAAGAUCACGUAUAUUCUCUAGAAUCCAAAUGGCGAUGUCAAUAAAUCGAAAUAAGCUACAUUUAUAAAACGCGAAAUCAAAUUUAAAUUGAUGUUAAGGUGAAUUGAUAUUCAAAUUUCACGAAAUGUCUGGA